GGCGUCUGGCACCGCGCUCAUAGCGAGAGCCUCGCGUGCUUCCCCUCCUUUCCUCCCGGAAUCUGGUCCGGCUCGUGGGGCUGUGCGGUCGCCGACGGUGGGGCGUGGCACCUCCAGGACAGACGAGACGAAGUGCCUGCGCCUCCUAGAGUGCCGCCUCGUUUCCGGUGCCGCCAUUUUGCCGUGAGACAGCAGCGGGCAGGGCCGCAGGGAUGCUGUCUGCCGCCGGAUACGCGGAGCUGAGGCCGGAGCCGGGCUGCGGGGUGGGCGCGCCCGUGCAGUACCGCUUUUCGCCCUACACCUUCAACGGCGGGACUGUGUUGGCGAUUGCUGGAGGAGACUUUUGCAUUGUUGCCUCUGACACACGACUGAGUGAAGGUUAUGCAAUUCACAGCCGGGACAGUCCAAAAUGCUACAAACUAACAGAGCAUACAGUCAUUGGAUGCAGUGGCUUCCAUGGUGACUGCCUUACACUUACUAAAAUUAUUGAAGCAAGAUUAAAGAUGUACAAGCAUUCCAAUAACAAGACUAUGACUACUGGAGCUAUUGCAGCAAUGCUGUCUACAAUUCUGUAUUCUCGACGUUUCUUUCCUUACUAUGUUUACAACAUAAUUGGGGGACUUGAUGAAGAAGGGAAGGGAGCAGUUUAUAGCUUUGAUCCAGUAGGCUCAUACCAGAGAGAUUCUUUCAAAGCAGGUGGAUCAGCAAGUGCCAUGCUGCAGCCCUUGCUUGAUAACCAGAUUGGCUUCAAGAACAUGCAAAAUGUGGAGCACGUACCUUUGACCCUGGAGAAGGCUUUGCAGCUGGUUAAGGAUGUCUUCAUUUCUGCUGCUGAGAGAGAUGUGUACACUGGUGAUGCGCUUAAGAUUUGUGUUGUCACCAAAGAUGGAAUUAAAGAGGAAACCAUCCAGUUAAGAAAAGACUAAUUCAGUUCACAUACAAAUGUGUAAUCUACGAUGUACAAUUUAACUCGAAUGUGAAGGUGUUUGUCUUAUUAAAUUUUUUCAAGAAGUU